AUGCACGUCCGGAAACAUGGCAUCGAGCUCGAUGCACUUCCCCAAACUCUCCGCGACGCAGUGGUCAUGACCCGCAACCUUGGGGUCCGAUAUAUUUGGAUUGAUAGCUUGUGCAUCUGCCAGAACGACUUGAAAGACUGGGAACGGGAGUCAGCUCAGAUGGCUGCCGUUUAUUCGAACUCAUAUCUGACUCUCGCAGCGGCAAAGUCGUCCAACACUAGUGGUGGUCUUCUGUCUGCGCGAAAGCCGAGAUCUUACUUCAAGAUUCCUCGUAGUGGUUCCGACGCAGGGAGCAAAUACCUCCUUGCAUCCGUCGUGCCCCUGGACAAAGAAAUAAUCCCAGAUAAUCAUACAACAAUGGAAAACGAACCGUUGACCAAGCGAGCCUGGGGCUUCCAGGAGCGUGUUCUCGCCCGCCGUGUCUUACAUUUCGGAAGCGAGCAGCUUGGCUGGGAGUGCCUUGAAGGAUUCGAAUCCGAGGAAGGCGUCAGGCUUCCAUACCGACUUCCCUGCGUCAACCCUGACCCUGAAGUCAUUGCUUACAUCGACAAGAAAAAUAAAGAGAACCAAGACCUCCAUCAUGAGAUGGAUCGACCUGCUUCGUCAUUGCGGGUAUGGCCUCAUCUGCUAUCUGAGUACGGUCCACGCGAACUAACGAACCCGGCCGACAAACUACCCGCCAUCUCUGGCGUUGCCAAGACAUUCAGCAAGAUUCUCGACGACGAGUAUCUUGCAGGCCUCUGGCGGAAGUCGCUGAUCGAGGACUUAUGCUGGCAGCCCCUGGAUUGCAAACCUGCCUCCGGAGGAUAUCGCGCUCCGUCGUGGUCUUGGGCCUCCGUUGACGGCAUACCUGCAACGGGUUUCUUAGGCGAGGCGGAGCUCCAGGCCCAGGUUCUUGAUGCAAGGGUCGUCAUCGAUGGUGAUAACCCCUUCGGCCGCGUCAAGGACGGCUGGAUCAAACUCGAGGCCCCUCUUAUCAAGAUGGUGUUGUCUGACAACAAAGGGCCAACGGGGCACCUAUUGCUGCGGAGUGAAAGGGGGACUGAAGACUCUCUCCUUUUGCUCGACACUAUGGAUGGGAAAUCGGAGGACACUGAAAAGUUCUUCAAGUCAACAGACGUGUACGCCCUUGUGCUUGCUUUCGUGUACGGAUAUCCCUUGAAGCCCGACCCGGAGCGGGAAUCCGGUUUUGCUCAUGCGCUUCUCAUUACUCCCAAUAAAGGGCGUGCGGGGUGCAUGAAGAGGAUCGGGAUGGCGUUGCAGCCCUCCAAAAACUUUGGACCGGAGGAGACAGCUUCUACUAAGUCGGUGGUCACCCUUGUUUGA